AUGGGCAUUUACAUGAACUCGAUUGCAGGCGGCAACACUAUUGGACCCUUGGUAUGUGGCUUCAUUGUGUCGAAUUUGAGCUGGCGAUGGCACAAAUCGAUUGCGGCGAUACUAGUUGGCAUCAACUUCCUUUGCGUCGUGUUCUUUGUGCCAGAGACCAGGUAUGAUCGCACAGAAAAGACAGAAAAGGGUCACACAUCUCGCUCGAACUCGCAGGAUAAGACAGCCCCUCCAGACGUAACAUCUGUUCGACGAAUGUCCGACGAUUCAGUUCCAACACAAAUGCCCCAGAAGACGUUUGCUCAAGAUCUCAAAUUGUGGUCUGGAACUCCUGAAACAAAUCUGUUCAAGAUGUUUUUACGGCCUUUGCUGACUUGCUGGAGCCCCUUCCCUAUGAUUGCAUAUCCGGCAGUCAUGUACUCUUUCCUGACCUAUUCCAUCUCGCUCGUGGUUGUUAUUGCUGUUAACAUCCUAAAUCCAUUUGUGCUGCAAAAGCCACCAUACAGCUGGAAACCAGAGAUCAACGGUUUGAUCAACAUUCCUGGGCUUGUCGGAAAUGUCUUUGGCGCAUGGGCUGGUGGCAACCUGGCCGACAUGUGGUGCAAGCAUCGUACCAAGAUCGGCAAUGGCAUCUACGACCCCGAGAGUCGGCUGCAUCUUCUCAUCACACCGUUCUUACUCACGACUGGGGGUUGCAUUUUGUUCGGAUAUGGCGUGGACGAGACCCUGGGCUGGGUGUCUCUGUUCUUUGGAUACGGGAUGAUAUCGGUGGCUUUGACAGCUGUAAGUACUCUCAGUCCAGAAGACGAGGUGCAGUGCGCUCAUGGACCUCUUAGAUCCCUACUGUCACUUUAG